ACAGGCAGUUGGAAUUUCUCUAAGGUCUGAUUUCCUAGGCAGGGCACACUCGGAAUAUGCCGGACACCGUGUGGGUUCUUAUCUUCUGGUUCCUGAGUCGCCCCCCGGAAAGUGGAGCGCGCACACUCAUUCUCCCACCCUCGGAGCUGGGUCCUCAGUCAGUACCUGACACUAAACCCUGAUCCCUACCUCAGGAUCGCACUCUCUGCUGUACUCCUACACGGCGGUGACAGCACCAGGUCCCAGGGUCCCUGUGUUUUCUGCCACCGGCUUCCUCGACCACCAGCCCUUCAUCCACUACAACAGCGACAGCAUGAAGGCAGAGCCUUCUGUUGCCUGGCUGAGGGAAAAUCCAGGUUACUUUGCUGAUGAGACCCAGGUCUUCACCAAUCGGAUGAAGAUUUUCCAGCUCAGCCUGAGAAACAUACAGCAGUACUACAACAGCUCUGGGACCCAGCGUCAGAGGGCAGGUGGCAUCCGCCAGCACGAGGGCCCUCACACCCUCCAGUUCACAUAUGGCUGUGAGAUGAGGGAUGGCAGACGUACCACAGGACACUGGCAGUAUGGCUACGAUGGCUGGGACUACCUGACCCUGGAUUUGGACUCUAUGCAAUAUAUAGCAGCCACAUUCAUUGCUGGUUACACCAAGCGCAAGUGGGAAAACAAUGAGUACUGGCUGGAGAAAGACAAGAGCUACUUGGAGAAGGAAUGCAUCCUGUGGCUGCAGAGAUACCUGACCCUGGGAGGAGAGGCGUUCACUCGCACGGACCCUCCCCAGACAAGAGUGACCCGCCAUCCCAGACAUGAAGGAGACGUCACUCUGAGGUGCUGGGCCCUGGGCUUCUACCCUGCUGAGAUCUCCCUGACCUGGCAGUUGGGUGGGGAAGAACUGAUUCAAGACAUGGAGCUGGUGGAGACCAGGCCUGCAGGGGAUGGAACCUUCCAGAAGUGGGCAGCUGUGGUGGUGCCUUCUGGAGAGGAGCAGAGAUACACCUGCCAUGUGCAGCAUGAGGGGCUGCCUGAGCCCCUCACCCUGAGAUGGGAGCCUCUUCAGCCCACUACCCCAACCACAGAAGUGUAUGCUGGGGGCAGCAGACGUGAACGUACAGCAUUCUGGAGUGGCCUCAUAAUUAUUUUAUUUUUCAUAGUACUUACUGGAGUUACCUACUACAGAUUUAAGAGGACGGUUCGUCCGCUGUCAUCCUGAAGAUGACAGGCUCUUGGGAUGAGGCUGAAGGGAACUAGUUAGUCCUCACCAAGUCACAAUCUGAGACUCUGUUCCCACCCGCCUACAAACGGUGCCUACUGUCCAGCGAAGAUCCACAGAAGACCUAAAAAGAUUCUAAACAAAAACAGAGUCUCACAGUCUCACGCCAACCGCAGUACAGAGACACGUAUCUUGAAGUUGCAAGCACACCAUGAGCUACUCUGCAGGCGAUUCCCGCAGUCUCUCCGCUGGCCGUGACCAAGCUGGGUGGCGUGUUCCUGCAGUCUCUUCAGCUACA